CCUACUGAGCCUAAAUUGUGAGGCCCAUUAGCCUCCUAUAUUAAUAUGACACAAACAGCUCUUCUUUUUUUAAUUACGUUCUCUGUUUCUAUAUCUAUGGAAAUGUAUUCAAGCUGGUGUCCGUUACAGAUUAUCUUUUUCACUUGCUUGUUUUACUUUUGAAAUACCGACAACUACAUUCCUCCAUCUUCCGUUCCGGUCCUCUCAAUUUUCUCUGCCAGAUCGUGAUACACUAACAGGCAGCUAUGGAUACCUUACCAACAACGACAACUAAAUCAGAUAGGCGAUGGAGAUCGAAGCCUUUACAGAGUUCCAAACCAUCUCUCGUUAUGGCUUUCUUCUCCUGCCUCGCUUGGCUCUAUGUUGCCGGACGUUUAUGGCAAGACGCGGAAAACAGAAUGUUGCUUUCUAAUCUUCUUAAAUUGAAUUCAGCUCAGAGACCCAGGGUUCUUACUGUUGAAGAUAAGCUAGCUGUUCUAGGAUGCAAAGAUCUGGAGAGGAGGAUUGUGGAGGCUGAAAUGGAAUUGACAUUGGCCAAAAGUCAAGGGUACCUUAAGAAUCAGUUACCACAUAGUGGGUCUUCUUCUUCAGGCAAAAAACUUCUUGCAGUUAUUGGAGUUUAUACUGGAUUUGGCAGUCGCUUAAAGCGAAAUGUGUUUCGAGGGUCAUGGAUGCCUAGAGGUGAUGCUUUAAAAAAACUUGAGGAAAGAGGAGUAGUGAUACGUUUUGUAAUUGGGCGGAGUGCCAAUCGAGGUGAUAGCUUAGAUCGAAAUAUUGACGAGGAAAAUAGCUCAACAAAGGAUUUCUUGAUACUUGAUGGUCAUGAGGAGGCACAAGAAGAAAUUCCAAAGAAAGCAAAAUUCUUCUUUAGCACUGCCGUACAAAAAUGGGAUGCAGAAUUUUAUGUGAAAGUUGACGACAAUAUAAAUUUGGAUCUUGAGGGGUUAAUUGGACUUCUUGAACGCCGUCGUGGUCAAGAUAGUGCUUAUGUUGGGUGCAUGAAGUCAGGAGAUGUGAUUACUGAAGAGGGAAAGCAAUGGUAUGAGCCCGACUGGUGGAAAUUCGGGGAUGAGAAAUCAUACUUCCGGCAUGCAUCUGGUUCACUUUUCAUACUCUCCAAAAAUUUGGCUCAGUAUAUUAACAUAAACAGUGCAUCUCUAAAGAUGUAUGCCCAUGAUGAUACAUCAGUGGGAUCUUGGAUGAUGGGUUUACAAGCAACCUAUAUAGAUGACAAUCGCCUUUGCUGCAGUAGCAUUAAACAAGAUAAAGUAUGUUCUGUAGCAUGAUCAGAAGAGAGAGAGAGAGGCUUCUUAUCACAUCAGGAUGAAAAUCUUCUCACAAUCAAAUAGUACAGUACACAUUUCUUUGUUGCAUGCACUACGAGUUGGGAACCUUGGAGCAUUUAGUAGAUAAGACAAAUUCUUUUCGAGGUGGCAAAUUCCUUAGGAUAAAAACACAGGCUAACAACAUUGUGAAAUCUGAUAAUCGAAUUUUGGCAUGUAACUGUUUCAACGAGUAUGCUGAGAUGCUUAACAGAACAGCUUCUUUCCCCUACACUAGUUAUGUGAUCAUGUUUUCCUGUAUAUUCUCAAGUUACUCGCAUCGAAUGCAUAGAUUUUUCAAA